AGGUUCGCGUUCGACUUUUUCCUCCACUUUUCUUUGGGGGGACCUUUCAAUUUUGGGUCGUGGUGGUUGUGUGCAAGUCGUAAGACUAUUAUGUGUUGCAGGGAUCAUGUCAUCUGAAAAGAACAUGGAGGAUCUAAAUCUACCCGGCGUCAUUUCGAUUGACGACGCAUAUGGGCGUUUCGAAACGGACGAUGAUGGAGAUCGAGACGCUAGCUCAUCCUUCUCGGUGGCCUCCUCGGCUUACACAUUCAGAAUGGAACAUGGGCGUCGAUACCAUGACUACAAAACCGGCAGUCCUUUUCCCCACGACGAAGUCUCCGACGAGAACGAUUAUCUCUUGCACGAACUGUGUCUAGUGUUGCUCGAUGACCGAUAUUAUUUGGCUCCUAUCGAUACAUCUUCGCUGAAUUGUGUCGUGGAUGUAGGGACAGGCCUGGGUUUGUGGGCAGAAGGAGUUGCUGAGAGAUUCCCUGAGUCCCAGGUCGUGGGAAUUGAUCUCACACCUCAUGCCCGGAGUAUAUUCCCAAAUUGUUCCUACAUGUUGUCCGACGCCAGUGAAGAAUGGGUACUAGACGAUCCAACCAUGAAAUUUGACCUUGCUCAUAUCAGGUCACUAUUUGGUAGUGUUCCGGAUUGGGCUGCGCUGUACAAGAACUGCUUUGACAACAUGAACCCAGGUGGUUGGAUCGAACAUCUGGAGAUAGAAAUCAACGCUCAAACCGAUGACGCUGAGGUUCCCGCAGACAGCCAUAUCAAAUAUCUCUCCGAAUUUGCCCACACUCACAUGACUGUUGCUUCUGGAAGAGACUUUGGAAUUUCUUUCGGCAUGAAGAAAUUGAUCGAGGAAGCUGGUUUCGUCGAUGUGCAAGAGAAGAGACUCAAGGUGCCCCUUGGCCCCUGGGCAUCGGACCCGAAGCUGAAAGAGGUUGGGAGAUUAUGUGAACGCUUCUACAAGACAGGUCUUCAGGGCUGGCUAAUGCACGUUUGCACUCGAAGCUUGGGGUGGACCAGUGAACAAGUCAACGAAGCCUGUGCAAAGACUUUUCAGGAGCUCAACAACCGUCAGCAGCAUUGGUACUACCUGGCGGUCAUUGUUAUCGGACGAAAACCUUGAGCAUCUCCACCAUUGCUCAAUCUUAAACAACCUUCGACUAUGCCACAGCUUUCCGCCAACAAAGGUGGUUCGGUUGUACAGCACCUCCGACUCAUACCAGCGACGCCGAUGACUUUUGCCCAAAUCAAGGGAGUGGGAAACGAGCACGGAUGAUACAAGGAGUGGGAAUAACCUAGGCAGACAAGAAAGAGGUGUAAAGAAUACAGCGAUCAUUGGUGUAUCGCGUCAGCA